ACCGUGUGGCGUCAUCGUCACGAAAUUCAAAAUUAGGAAAACGACGACAGGGAAGCCAGUGGUGCUACAGCGUAUGCCACGUUUUCUGGCAGAGGUCGUGUAAAAACUUGGAUAAAAUGGCUCAGUUCGGGUUUGAAAACGAUAUCCACAGUGUCUUGAAGCUGGACAUGCCCAUCACAAACGCUCCCAUGGCGAGGUGGCAAAGAAAGGCCAGCUCCUCAAACACGUCCGCCUUGAGCGGUUUGUCGCCCGGCAAAUCUACCAAUGUGUCGCUGAGUUCCUCAAAAACACCGAGCAAAACGCCAGGCAAAAAUAAAAAACAAACUCCCUCUAAGAUGGGUGGCGACCGCUUUAUUCCUAUCAGAAACAGCAAACAAAUGGAUGUGGCAAGUUUCCUGCUCACAAAGGAGAAUGAGCCUGUAGACACAAACAAUACAGGACCAUCGGAAUAUCAGAAAGCCUGGUCUGUAUCACUAAAUGGAUACAACAUUGAAGAUGCAAAGAUCCUGCACCUUGGAGGGAAGCCACUAAAUGCUCCAGAAGGCUAUCAAAACAACUUGAAAGUCCUCUACAGUCAGGUUACAACUCCUGCCUCUGUCAAAAAGGCCAGAUACAUAUCUUCAACUCCUGACAGAAUCUUGGAUGCUCCUGAGCUUCGAAAUGAUUUCUAUUUGAACCUGCUUGACUGGAGCAGUCGAAAUGUUCUCGCUGUGGCGCUUCAUAACAGUGUUUACCUGUGGGAUGCCAGUCAAGGAGACAUCAUUCUUCUCAUGAAGUUGGAGCGCGAGGAGGACUACAUCUGCUCACUGUCCUGGACCAAAGAGGGAAGCUACCUAGCUAUCGGCACCAGUGACUGCAAAGUUCAGUUGUGGGAUGUUGAAAACCAGAAGCGUUUACGCAGCAUGGCCAGCCAUACAGCUAGGGUUGGUAGCCUGAGCUGGAAUGACCACGUUCUUUCAAGUGGGUCAAGAUCAGGACACAUCCACCAUCAUGAUGUGAGGGUGGCAGACCAUCACAUCUUCACGCUCACUGGUCACUCACAGGAGGUGUGUGGGCUCCAGUGGUCUCCUGAUGGGCGGUACCUGGCCAGUGGAGGCAAUGACAACUUGGUGUGUGUAUGGCCCCGUGUGCAAGAAGGCAGCCCCAGCCAGUCGGUCCGUUGCUGGAGUGAACAUCAAGGAGCUGUCAAGGCUUUAGCUUGGUGUCCAUGGCAGCCAAAUAUCCUCGCAUCUGGAGGUGGUACAAGUGACCGUCACAUCCGCAUCUGGAAUGUAAAUAGCGGCUCCUGCAUCAGUUCACUUGACACUCAGUCCCAGAUCUCGUCACUGGUGUUUGCACCUAAUUACAAGGAGCUGGUCUCUGCCCAUGGCUAUGCACACAACAACGUUACUAUCUGGAAGUACCCCUCUCUCACCAGGGUUGCAGAGCUCGCUGGCCACGAGGACCGAGUUCUCAGUUUGACUCUCAGCCCAGACUGCUCUACAGUUGCAACUGUUGCUGCAGAUGAAACUAUUCGUCUGUGGAAAAGCUUCGAAGUGGAUCCUGUUAAGAAGAAGGCCAAAGAGAGGCUGGGCAAAUCAACUAGCGGUGUCAUUCAUCAGUCAAUCAGAUGAUUUGCUUUUGAAGUUUUUUUUUUUUUCUGAAUAAUGUGCUGUUUUAUUUAAUCCCCAAUAAAGAUUUCUACCCAAUGUGUGCCAUAAUUGGCGACUUUCUACUUA